AUUGUAUACGCAUUUCUGUUCAGCUUCUUUGGCCCCCCAAAAAGGAAACAACGAAAAAACGAAAAAACGAAAAAAGAAAAAAAAAAAAAAAAAACUUCUCUCCAAUUAGCAUGUUUACGUGACGUGUUUGUUUGUUUUUUAUUACCCCUAUGAGAUUUUUUUCCGUGCGUACGUAUUCACCCACAUAGCAGGCAGUGGCCUCAUGACAUCUUCGUCGUGAAAAUAAAGAAAAGAGCGAUUACUCGUUGCGAGUUUGAGUGUACUGUCGUUGGAACGGCAGUGAAAUGUACCACUGUGUGGCUGUGAGGUUGCUCGGAUGUUCAUACGCAUAAUAAUACACGUCGCCGCGUAACGAACAAAGGGGAAAGAUAUAGGCUUUGCGAGAAGCGCGCCACGGAGCUUGCCCUUCGAUAGAAGCGCUGUGGUAGUGGAGAGCGGCCAGCGGGAGGGGUAGUAGCGACUUGAACGAAAAAGCGCGGCACAAGUGAAGUACGCGCGAAAGCGAAGCACACGUGGAACACACGAGGGUACCGAAGCGCAACUUACGCGACGAUCUGCACGGCGAUCUGCACGCCAACCUGCACAUCAACCUACUCAGCAACAGCGAGGCGCAGAAUGGAUAAGCUCAUGAACAGCAACAAAGUCAAGCUGACGGUGGUGCUGGUGGGGGGGCUGUGCUCCCUGGCGUUGUAUCACAUGAAGAAGAAAAUGAACUUCUCCCACUUUUUGUUUUCGAAGAACUGGUUUAGCGAGUUCUCCCUCAUGUGGCCUGGCCAGGCCUUCAGUCUGGAGAUAAAAAAGGUCAUCCACCAGGCCAAGUCGAAGUAUCAAAGCAUCCUCGUGUUCGAGAGCAGGACGUUCGGAAAGGUGUUGGUUCUGGACGGCGUGAUCCAGCUGACGGAGAAGGACGAGUUCGCGUACCACGAAAUGAUGACGCACGUGCCCAUGACAGUCGCCAAGGAGCCAAAGAACGUCCUCAUCGUGGGAGGAGGAGACGGAGGAGUCAUCCGCGAAUUGUGUAAAUACAAGACCAUAGAAAACAUAGACAUUUGCGAAAUAGACGAAAUGGUCAUUGAGGUCUCCAAAAAGUUUUUCAAAAGCAUUAGUUGCGGAUUUGAAGACAAGAGAGUUAACGUUUUCAUUGAGGACGCCAGCAAAUUUUUAGAAAACGUAACCAACACGUAUGACGUCAUCAUCGUGGAUAGCUCCGACCCCAUCGGCCCAGCCGAGACUUUGUUUAACCAAAACUUUUACGAGAAGGUGUACAACGCGCUCAAGCCCAAUGGCUACUGCGUCGCGCAGUGCGAAUCCCUGUGGAUCCACGUAGGAACGAUCAAGAGCAUGAUGGGCUUCGCAAGGAAGCUGUUCAAGAAGGUCGAGUACGCCAACAUCAGCAUCCCGACGUACCCCUGUGGCUGCAUAGGCAUCCUCUGCUGCUCCAAAAGCGACACGGGCAUGUCCAAGCCGAACAGGCGCCUCGAGACGAAGGAGUUCAUGGACCUCAAGUACUACAGCUACGAGAACCAUUCGGCCGCCUUCAGGCUGCCCACCUUUGUUCUAAAGGACAUCGAAUCUGUGUAGCUGUGUAGUCGUGUAGCUGUGUAGCGCGCUGCCUUUCAUUUUUUGGGGGGAAUCCCCAACGAGUGGGUUUAUGUGCAAGCUAAGCGAUGUUACCCCCUCCUCACCUUCGUCAUUUUUAAAAUGUGCAAAAUAGGCCGGAAAACUUUUUUGGAAAAAGGAAAAAUUUGUGUUUCAUUUUUUUUCCAUCAUAUAGUACCUUCAUUUUGUGCAUCCCCAUGUUAUAUUACAUUACGUUACAUUACAUUGCAAUGCAUUUCUUUUUUUUUUUCCCCCCUCAACCUUAACUUGGUUCCCAUUUUGUGUUAGCGGCAGUUGCGGACCCUUUGCGGUUACUGUUCACAUGCCUCGGUUGCAUGCGUGGGCCAUAAGAAAAGGACAUCCUGGCGCAGCUGCUCCAUUUCAAAUGUGCACAACAGCAUGUG